AAGUUCCAAUCAACGUUGACUUUUCCUUUACCAAAAUACUCCUAUUUAGUUAGAGCUCUGCAUCUUCAUUGCAAUAAAAACAUACCCCAAUUAAAUAUCUCAUAUAUUGUGGUUCUCUACAGAAGCUUUUCUACCUUUGAUUGAGGUAGCAAAGUUUCCUCUUUGUCCAGCAAAUUAAGCAGAUCGGGUAGCAAACUUAGCCUUUUAACGACGUGAAGAGCAGAGGUAGCAAAGUUAAGUUUCAUCGUUAUAAGUUUUUUCUUGUUCCAGCUCUAAUCAGAAAGCCACUUAGCCUUUCAAGAACGUGAAGUGAUGGAGGCAUUAUCAAUCCUCAAAGAGAAAGUAUGGGAUCCAUACAUGGGACUCGAGGGAAAAAUAGAAACCCUUAGAAUUAAGAUGCAAGUGUUGAUCAGCCGUAGUAAGGAUGUCAUGACUGAAACAAAAGAUGCAGAACUCCAUUCAAGUAAGAAACGGAAGACAGAGGUCGACAAUUGGCAGAGCAACGUACAAAAACUAGAGGAUGAGUUUAGAUGCUUUGAGCAAGAAAUAGAACAGAGGUCUAAAUUUUCACGCAUAGGGUUGUCGAAUCGUGCCGAUAAAAUUCAUAAAGAAGUGGAAGGCCUCAUAGACCAAGGUAAAUUUUCGGAGGGGAUUUUGCUCAAUGCUAAUGAAGAAAAAGUGCAGCCUUUGGUGACAACAAACUUGAAAGGCAAAGCAUUUGAGCAGAGUCUAAAGGAGGCGGUAGAGUACUCUUUGAGUGAAGUUUCAAGUAUUGGCAUUUGGGGGAUGGGUGGUGUGGGUAAAACCACUCUUGCAACACAUAUCCAUAACCAUCUUCUCAAAGAUUCAAGAUUCACAAGUAAUGUUUAUUGGGUCACUGUAUCACAGGAUUUUAGCAUUACUAAACUGCAGAGUCAGAUUGCUAAGAUGUUGAGACUAGAUCUUUCAGCUGAGGAUGACGAUAAGAAAAGGGCGGCCAGUUUGUACCAAAGUUUGAUGAGGAAUAAAAAUUUUGUUCUCAUAUUGGAUGAUGUAUGGACCCCUUUUGAUGUAGAGAAGGUAGGAAUUCCACUAGAAAUGGGUGGAGGUAAACUGAUCAUUACCAGUCGAUCGGUUGAGGUGUGUGACAGAAUUGGCUGCAAAACGAAAGUAAAAGUAGGAACACUUUCGCCGAUUGAGUCUUGGGAAUUCUUUGUCGAGAAACUUGAUCAUGGUGGAAAUCUCCCAAAUGAAAUAGAAGAAAUAGCAAGGAAAAUGACAAAGAAAUGUGAUGGACUGCCACUGGGGAUAAUAACUAUGGCUUCAAGUAUGAAAGGAGUGAAUGAUGUUUUUGAGUGGAGGGACGCAUUCGAAGAAUUCACAGAAUCUUGUAUGCAAAUGGAGAAUAUGAAUAACGAAGUGUUUCCCAUUCUCCGCUUUAGCUAUAAUCGGUUGAGGGAGCCAAGACUGCAAAAGUGUUUUCUUUAUUGCUGCUUAUACCCUGAAGACUUCAAAAUUAGGAGAAAUGAAUUGAUUCGCCUUUUUAUUGUUGAAGGAUUGCUAGUUAGGAGGAACAACAAGAGAGCAGAAUUUGAUCAAGGUCAUGCAGUGUUGAACAAACUGGAAAGGGCGUGCUUAUUAGAAAGUGUUUUGAAUUAUGAAGGAGAAAGUUGUGUGAGGAUGCAUGAUUUGGUGAGACAGAUGGCACUGCAUAUUGCAAGAGAUGAAUUUAAGUGGAUGGUGAAAGCAGGAGCACAAUUUCGUGAAAUACCAGGGGAGCAAGAAUGGUCAGAGGACUUGGACAAGGUUUCUUUGAUGGCAAAUGAUAUAAAGGAAAUUUCACAGCCCUUAUCCAAUGUACGUCCUCGGCUUACAACUUUUUCAUUGCGAGGAAAUCGUAGUUUGAGUCAAGUUGUAGAUCCUUUUUUGGUGCAGAUGCCUGGUCUAUGUGUUCUGGAUCUAAGCUACACUGCAAUACAACAGCUGCCUAGUUCCGUGACAAAUUUAGCAAGUCUCUCUGCAUUGCUGCUGCGACGUUGUAGAGAACUUAGAUUUCUGCCGCCGUUGGACAAGCUCAAGAACCUCACUGAAUUGGACCUUUUUGACACAAACAUCAAGGAGGUGCCCCAAGGCUUAGCAAGCUUGGUUAAUUUAAGUUUCCUGGACAUGAGAACAAGGGAGAAACUAUUUAAGACACCAGCUGUAGGUAUUUUAGCUAGGCUCUUUAAUCUUCAUUCCCUCUCGAUUCCUUUUGCUGUACGAGUAGAAGAUUUAAGGGGGAUGAGACAACUAGAGGUAUUUCGCGGGGUGUUUGUUGAUGUUUGUAGUUUCAACGGAUUUGUCAAACAUCGGCAGUCUUGCAGGACGCCGAGUUUCUUUCAAAUUGCUUUAGAUCCGACACAAUCUCCCAGUUUGGGUUUCGGUAUUAUUCCUCAUUGUAAAGUAGUGGUUCUAAGGGGCAUGGUUCUCACCGGGGAUAAAAUAGAAGAAGAGGGAGAUGUGACUCUUCUACCUCUGGACACUCAAGAGUUAGUAAUUGACCACUGUGAUAUUCUCACCUUGGGCAAUAGCUUGUUAGAUGCUAUUCCAUCUCUGACUCAGUCCAAAGACUUGAGAGCAAUUCGAAUUUUUAGCUGCAAAGGUAUAGAGUUCUUAAUGAGGUUAUCUAAUUGUAGCUCAAUGGGUGGAAGAAUGAUGGGAGAUCAUGAACUGACGUCUACUUGCAGCCCCUUCUCGAGUCUUGAGAGAUUGACCUUGAGGGGCUUAGAGGAAUUCAGUGGUCUUGUUAAGUUGGAGUUAGGAGAAGCUUUGCCUCCAGUUGGAACCUUUUCCCAUCUCUGCAGGCUUAAUGUUUAUUCGUGUCAUAAAAUGAAGAAUCUAAUCCCUAGGUGGUUGCUGCAAUACCUCCUAAAUCUGACGGAUAUAGUAGUAGAGGACUGCGAGGAAAUGGAAGAGAUAAUGAGUGAGGAUGAAGAAGAGCAAGCAAAGCAGUGCGCUAGUUCAGCCUCAUCAUCGUCUCCUUUUCCUUCAAAUGAAAGCAGAAGCAUCAAGGAUGAUGAGGUUGUUCUACCAAAGUUGCAAAAUGUUACCUUAACUUGGUUACCAAAACUGAAGAGCGUAUACAAGGGAAGAAUGACUUGUGGUUCUAUUCAGCGUAUAACAGUGGUCGGUUGUGAGAAGCUGAAGAGACUUCCAUUUAACUCUUCCUCUUCUAAACGGGCAGCCAUCAGCUCUUCCAGCUCUUCAAGGUAUCUACAUGGAUCAUGAAGAAGACUGGGAAGCUUUGGAAUGGGACCAUCCUGAGUACAAGAAUGUCCUCCAUUCUUUUUUAAAAUAAUUUUAUCGAAUAUUUAAAGUUACCAAAAGAUAGAUAGUUUAGUUUACACAAAUUUUUUACCUUCCCAUUUUAUUCGCAAUUAUAUUAUUGAUACGUGCAAAUGCUAUUUUUUUUUUAAAUCCCUUCUGAGAUGUCUAGUUGUAAAUUCACUAUCCAUAUUAUAUUUUUGUCUAAAAAAAAAGUAAGUAUAAAAAUGUAGAGUCAUUUGAUUUAUAUUUUUUGCAUACUGAAACUUCAUCUUUGUUUAUAAAUAAAAUAA